AUGUCACCGCUGCUGAAGGACUACUUGGGACAAAGAAUUGUGAUCAUUACCACAGAGGGAGAGUGCUAUGUGGCUACUUUAGAGGGAUACGAUAAGAGUGUAAAUCUGCUGCUAUCGAACGUUCGAAGGCGAUCGGACGAUGAAUUACUCAGUAUUGCACUAACGCUUCGUGGUAGCGAGGUUGUGGUGUGUGGACUGCUGUCGAAUAAUGAAGUAGGAAAGCUUGGGGAGGAAGUACCGGCCUUGAAAGAUACAAAGAAUAAAGUUCAAGAUGAAUAUUUAAUUUGGGAAGAGGUACUGAAAGCUAGGCUGAUUAAAUAG